AUGACAGAGCAGCAUCAGACCAAGAGGUUCUCCACUGGUUCUUCAGGGGAAGGGAAAGUAAAGGAGCAGAAUUUCCACUUUGGGCGUGGAUCAUUUCUCGGGGACAUUCAGACUCAGCUCCCUCUUGUCCUAAACGGGACACAAGCUCCCAUUUCACCUCAUCCUCAAGCACUGCUGUUACUAAGCAACAGCACAGCAGGCUUCCUCAACAGCACUGUGAGCACGAGGGUCAUCCCCAUUAUUUAUAUGUUUGUCGUGGCUUUCGGGGUCCCAGCCAAUGUCGCCAUUCUGUGCACUUUGGCCACUAAAAUUAGGAAGGUGUCCUCGGCCAUCCUCUACUGCAGCCUGGCUGUCUCCGACCUCUUCCUCCUCCUCUCCCUCUGCUUCAAGGCUCACUACUAUCUCCAUGGAAACCACUGGGAGCUCGGAGAGCCUGCCUGUCGAGUGGUCACGGCUUGUUUCUAUGGCAACCUCUACUGCUCAGCCCAGACGCUGGCCUGCAUCAGCAUCAAGCGCUACCUGGCUGUAGUGCACCCGUUCAUGUACCAAAGACUUGCCAAGAGGAUGUGCACUGCCUGGGUCAGCUUGGCCGUAUGGGGGGUGUUUGGUGCCACUGUUGUCCCUGAGCUCCUCGUCCAGCAGACCUAUUUGCUCUCUGAACUGGGCCGAAUCACCUGCCAUGACUUAUUGCCUCUGCACUACAGCUCCCAUAACUUCCUGCUCUACUACAACCUCUUACUAACCAUCUUAGGCCUCCUGGUGCCGCUGGUGGUCACGGUUGUGUGCUACGCCCGGAUCAUCUGUGAGCUCAACCAGUCACACCUCGACUGGACGAUGUACAUCAAGGCCAGCUCACUGGUGUUUGUCAUCUUCCUGGUGUGUUUUACCCCCGCUGGACUCCUGCACUUCCUCUAUUACAUGCAACUGUCAUUGUACGGAACAGAGAGUUUGUAUGUGUACUUUAAUGUGGCAGUGUGUUUGUGCUGCCUCCAUGCCUGUCUGGACCCCUUCCUCUUCAUCUUCAUGUCAAAGUCUGCAGGCUCCAGGCCUCACUUAAAGCCCCGUAAGAGCAAGACCGAGAACACAUAG